GCUCUUCCAGCUCUCGUGUUGUAUGAGCACGCGAUAACAUUUGGCGCGGAAGUGCAGCAAGUCUGGAAGCGCGACAUCUCCGGUGCCACGCUUCUCUUCCUUCUAACCCGAUACAUCACACUUCUCAACCGUGUCUUCUCCGUGGUUGGACUUUGGCAGCUGCACUCUUACAAUGUAUGCGACUCGGUACUGUGGCUUCAAGCCAUAACCACUUCGGUUCUGAUCGUGGUCAUGUCUGCCAUUGGUGCCGUGAGACUAUAUGCCCUGUGGAAUAAGCAUCUUCUACUCUUGAUUCUUGUGAUGGUCACUGGAUCUUUUCCAGCAUUUAUGAACAUUUACUUCCGCAGCGCGUCGACCCCUUUCUUGAUCGAGGCAACCUUAUAUACGUGCCAUUCACUACCCAAUCAAGACGCAGCAGCAGUCUACAUGAGACUGUCCCUCGCGAUUCGAAUCAUCUCCAUUCUUUCUGACGGAUUGGUCGUUGUCCUCACCUGGCUCAAGACAUACCGAGUGUACCUACUCACACACAAGACUCGAUUGCCUUCCAAUGUAUCCGGUCUCAUAUUGCGAGAUGGCAAUUGGCACUCUUUGAUCCUGACCCCCCCCUGUUUACUAGGGACCCUCUACUUCCUUGCCGUUUGCGCUCUCAACGCACUCGCGGUUGUGUACCUCAUGGAAUUCAACGAGAACCUUCUGAACGACAUGAUCGUCUCAUUCAGCUCUAUCCUCAUGACGCGCUUCCUCUUGAACCUCCGCUCCGAAGGCGCACAGAUCGACUCUCGCCCCGCGUCCACCGCUUUCACCACGCCAUCAAUGACCUUCAACUCGGCUUGGCGUGCGAGC